CACCAAACAAGAUCAGUUAGCAAACUAAGGGCACCAUAAAAUUUCUUUUUAAAAUAAAUUUGAAACUCUUUUAAAAUCUUUCUUCAUAUCGCAUUAUUACAUUGGAGACGUUCUACCGCAUUGAUAUUUCCUUUGAAUAACUACCAAAAAAAAGAUCUGGGUUAAGCACGUAUUUCCCGUUAAAACCGCAGCUUAAAUUUAGAAGAAAUGGAAAACAAUUCCUUAAAACAUGUCGACGCUUCUGAAAACGUGAGAUGCAUUAUUGAUAACGCGAGUUUAUUAACCGAGUCGGAACAAGCAGGAAAAGGGUCCAUUUAUGAACUUAAGAAUAUCAACUGGACCACUUGUGAGGACUUCACAAUCGAGAUUGGCAAAGAGCAGAUAAAAGAGUACAUCGGUACAUGGGAACUGCAUCCCAGUUGGUUGUUCAGUAUAGAGUUUCAGGAGCUGAAGGAUAUUGAAUUUCACAAAGAGUAUCACUAUCAAAUCUGCUGGAGCAUCCCUACUUGGUGUACGCCAAUCCCCAAAGCUACUGCGUAUGUUUACUUUGUCAUCGAGAUCUCCAAAGUGAAACCGCAGAAUCUUCCUGUGGAGGUGUACUAUCAUGUGGAAUCCAACCGUCUUAGACACAGGGCAAACAGAAGGCAGACCACAUGGGGUCGAACAAGAGGCUCAGCUAGCAAAAGGGAAAAGCACUGGAGCCAACAGUAGGGCAACAUCACUGGGGACUUGGGAGCACAGGACUGGAAGGUACUCUUAUACUGGACUAAUGAGGGAGCGGACGAGGAGCAGCUGGAGUGAUACACAUGAGGGCUGGAACAAGAGGCAAGGCCAAAAGACCAAGAAGAAAAGUUUACGGAUAAUCAUUUUGAAUAAGUGUGCACUGGCUUUAACCAGACUCUUUUAUUUAGUGUCCUUGUAUUUUGGGAGCUGUAUUGAACUGCUGUCAGUAGAGGGUGCUAGACAUCCCACACUUCAUUACUUUGAGCUGAAUCUUUAAGAUCACCAGAGGAAAUGCUGUGUCACGUACGUUUCAUAAAGUUUAGUGCAUUAUAAAUUGUGUUUUCAUGCUGCUGCUGCAAAAGAUGUGUAUUCGCCAAAUAUUGUUUAUUCACUAAACAAAGAGAAUCCUACUAAUGACCAUUGAAUAUGCAGGAAAUGGUUGAGUCACAUGGGAAUCCACCUACAAGUUACCAGGUUUCAGCUCUUAAUGCAAAAAGACAAUUCAUUCAUUUUACUCCAUAUAAAAAAAUGAAAUCCCGACUUUGAUUACAAACUGGGGUUUGUAAUCACAGAACUUGUGGGGAGGAAUGAUUUAUGUAAUCAUUGAAGCUUUGGUAUUCAAUAUGGAACAAGAAAUAUGAUUGUUGCUGUUUGGUUUUGCACAUGUAGAUGACUAGUUUGUUGCUCAGUUCUUUUUACAGCAUGCCAGUUUUUUACAUAACGUUUGUUAACAGGUACAGAAACCUUGAGACGAGUGAUGCACAAACAGUAACCCAGCAAUGUAUAGAUAUAUUGCAUAUUUAUUGCAUGCUUAUGCAAAUUCAUAUACAUAAGUGUGCAUUAUAUCCAUGUGCAUGUUUUAGCUUGGUAUGUCUCAGGAUAAUUCUAACAUAAAUUUUCCUCCUACCAGGAAUAGCUUGAUUAGUACAGCUUACACUAAGUGUUAUGGAUAAUUACUCCCAUCUUCUAAUGAGCAGAGGAAUGCUGGUUUAUUGUAUAAUCUGUCAAUAUGAGGUACAUUACUAAUUAGAAUCCUCUUUUAAGGGUCUAAUUCUUGCUUAAUUGUGUACAGAUAAAAAUAAGUCAAUCGCGUUCUAUUCAGGGGCAGUUGUAUGAUCUGUGAAGCAGAUUGACUCCAUAUGAACAACAACUUAUGGUUCAUAUAUGGCUACCAAUCAUUUCUCUGAUUUCAGCUGCAUAUGACAAUGCAUGAUGUUUUUAAUAUGUUCAUUGCAAAUCAGUGUUAUUUCUUGUACGAUUAUGGCCACAUUCAUACCAAAAACACCAAAAAGGAAAAAUUUAAAA